CUGUAUGCGUGAGACAGUGGAUCUGUCUCAGGGUUUGGAUCACACACUCAAUAAAUCCACUCUGGUUUGCAUCCGCUUUGCAGGGACCACGGCCACAUGAUCAUGGCAGUCGUGGUGCACAAGGACAGUGCCCUUUCCCCGACUCCCCGGACACGGAGCUCUCUUUCCAGAUACCUGUGGCUUUGCAUUUCCUUCGGGCUUUUCUUGUUCCCUUCGGCUCUGGCCGGGAUCUCAGUGCGCCGGGAGCGGACCGCGGGCACCGGCAUUGCGAGAGAGGAGCGCGGGACCGGCGGAACUCGGGGCGAACGGGCCGGGCUGGCCGAAGGAUUUCGGGUUAAGAGGUCUUAUAGCUCGCAGCAGGAGCCGGCUCUGGUUAGCACCUCCUUCAUCCUCAAAGGAGACGCUUCCCACAACCAGGCGAUGGUGCACUGGACAGGAGAGAACAGCAGCGUGAUUCUGAUUCUCACAAAACUCUUCCAUUCAGAUAUGGGAAAGGUUCUGGAAAGUUCUCUGUGGAGGUCAUCAGAUUAUGGAACCAACUAUGUAAAACUGAACCUGCAGUCUGGCACCAACAACAUAAUCACCAAUUUCUACAUUUGCCCUGCAAACAAAAAAAAGAUAAUCCUUGUCAGUUCAUCGAUGAAUGAUCGUGAUCAGAGUCUCUUUGUGAGCAUGGAUGAGGGAGCCAACUUUCAAAAACAGCAGAUCUUCUUCUCUCUGGAGACAUUGGUUUUUCACCCCAAAGAAGAAGAUAAAUUGCUUGUGUACAGCAAGGAGGCUCGGCUAUAUUUUUCGACUGAUCUUGGAAAGAAAUGGGAGUCACUGCAGGAACUCAGAGUGACAAAGGAGCGAUUUUAUUGGUCUGUGACAGGAGUUGACAGUGACCCUGAUUUGGUUCACAUGGAAAUUCAAGACAACAGUGGAGGCUUUCUUUAUGUCACCUGCCAAAUUUCAAACUGCACUGAAAAAGCACUAAAAGCUCAUUUCUCUGGAAAUAUAGAUCAGAACUCGCUGCUUGUCAAUGAUGACUACAUUUUCAUUCAGGCAACUUCUGAAAAUCGGACAAAGUAUUAUGUCUCUUAUCGGAGAGGUGCAUUUGUUCAGAUGAAAUUACCCAAAUAUGCCCUACCGAAGGACAUGCAAAUCAUCAGUACGGAUGAGAAUCAAGUAUUUGUGGCUGUCAAGGAGUGGCAUCAGACGGACACCUACAACCUCUACCUGUCGGACCUGAAGGGUGUAUACUUCACUCUCGCUCUAGAGGAUGUCAGAAGUACCCAACAGCCAGAAGAAAAUGUUGUGAUAGAUAUUCAUGAGGUGCAGGGAGUUAAAGGGGUUUUCUUGGCUAAUAAAAAAGUGAAUAGUAAAGUGAAGACCUACAUCACCUACAACAAGGGCCGUGAUUGGCAACUAUUGACUCCACCUUCCACUGACAUGAAUGGCAAGCCAACUAACUGUCAUCUACCUGAAUGCUCUGUUCAUCUGCACCUGCGUUGGGCUGACAACCCAUAUGUAUCAGGCACUGUUCACACCAAAGAUUCUGCACCAGGACUUAUAAUGGGAGCAGGAAACCUAGGAGCCCAGCUGGUUGAGUACAAGGAAGAUAUGUACAUAACCUCCGACUGUGGCAAAACAUGGAGGCAGGUAUUUGAGGAAGAGCAUCAUAUUCUUUACCUUGACCAUGGUGGUGUUAUUGUUGCUAUCAAGGACACCUCAAUCCCGCUGAAGAUAUUAAAGUUCAGUGUAGAUGAAGGAUAUACUUGGACAACGCACAAUUUUACUAGUACUUCUGUCUUUGUAGAUGGGUUACUGAGUGAACCAGGGGAUGAAACACUGGUUAUGACGAUAUUCGGUCACAUCAGCUUCCGCUCAGACUGGGAAUUGGUCAAAGUAGACUUCAGACCAUCCUUUAGCAGACAGUGUUUACCUGCUGACUAUGACUCAUGGGACUUGAUGAACCAGGAUGAACAUUGCAUCAUGGGAGAGCAAAGACAGUUCCGUAAACGAAAAAUAUCCUCAUGGUGUAUCAAAGGAAAGAACUUCACAUCAGCCCUUACAUCGAAACCUUGCCAGUGCACAGAGUUUGAUUUUGAGUGUGACUAUGGUUUUGAACAGCAAGCUAAUGGCAGAUGUGUCCCAGCUUUUUGGUACAAUCCAGAUUCGCCUUCUGAGGACUGUAAAUUUGGACAGACGUACACCAGAAGCUCUGGAUACAGGAAGGUGGCACUGAAUGUCUGUAAGGGCGGUGUGGACAAACGACAAGGCUCCAUGCAGUACCGAUGCCCAUUAAUGGCUCCAAAAGGGCUCCGAAUAAUCACAAAAGGAGAAAGACUAGCAGUCAACCCUGGUGAUGAUGUUACAUUCUUGGUAUUGCAGAAUCAGGGUGAUACGUCAAACACAAAAUAUCAGGUGGAUCUUGGAGAUGGUUUUAAGGCCAUUUAUGUCAACCUCACACUGAUGGAUGAACCAAUUCAACACAGAUAUGAGAAACCAGGAAUCUACCGUGUCUCUGUGAAAGCGGAAAACAUUGCAGGGUCUGACGAAGCAAUGGUUUACAUUCAGGUCAACUCACCUCUCCAGGUUGUGCAUCUGGAGGCACUACCAGUGAUUCGCAGGAAUCAGCAAGUGAAUCUGACAGCAUUAGUGCAGCCCAGCAACUCCAACCUCACAGUUUUCCAGUGGUGGCUGGGGGACAGCCUUGAGCCUCGUCUUACCCUGGAAAACAGUCUUAUAACCAGCUUUAGUGAGAACGGUCAGAUUAAAGUUACAGUCCAGGCCUCAUGUGGUAGUUCCAUGGUUCAGGAUUCUAAGGUGGUGAAGAUAUUUGAUCAGUUGGAAGUCCUACCUCUUGAAUUUUCUCAGAACAUCGACAGUUACAAUCCUAAUGUACCAGAAUGGAGGGAAGAUAUUGGACAAGUUAUAUCGAGGAUUUUAGCAGAGACCACAGGCAUGCCUGAAGAAUUACUUUUAACAGUGGUAAGAGUGGGUCUGCCCACCACAGCAGAGCUGUACCUGCUUCCACCACCAGAGAAACCAAAAAGGAAAAGAAGCGUAACCACUGACAAGGGAAUUGAAUCCUUAAUAGAAGCUCUGACAGAAAAUCAAGUAAAAAUUUCUCUGAAACCAGGGGUUGAAGUGACUGUUACACUGGCUGAUUAUAGAGCGGUUUCCCAGAAAAGCAUUGGAGGGAAAGGUGUGCUGAUAGUUGUGGUUAUGUUUGUGAUCUGCCUGCUCGCAGUUGGAGUUUGCAUCUUACACAAGUUCAAGAGGAAGAUACCUGGGCGGAAUGUUUAUGCACAGAUGCAUAAUGAAAAGGAGCAGGAAAUGACCAGCCCUGUCAAUCACAGUGAAGACACACAGCACAUCAUACAAGGGGAAGAGUAUAUUGAUGAUGAUUUGGACUCCCAGACGCUAGGUAACGGAAGAGGUGGUCACUCUUCUGUGGUUCUCAGCAUAAACUCCCGGGAAACGCACAAUUACUUGAGUAGCUGAUGUUUGCUCUGGAAGUAGUGUUAAGACUCACCUCCAUUUUAUUUUGUUGUUCCUGGGGAUGAGAGGAAGUGAGGCAGUGAGAUGAACUCCAUUGUGGUGAUAGGACUGUGGGUAAUCUUGCCUCCAAUAGUUACUAAGUCUUCAAUCAAGCAUCAACGUGUUAGAAGCACCCUUACAGAGAGAGUGGCAUCACAGAGGUUAUUAUUGCUGUGCCAGGCGCUGCAUCUUCCUAUGAACGAGCUCUACUGAGCUGGAGAACAAGCUGCCUUCAAAAUGUUUUUAAGUGAACCUCUCUCUUUCCCUUCUUGCAACCUGUUUGAGAAAAAGAAAGGUACAUUGAAUAUCAUUUGCCACUUUCCCAUACGGACAUUCACAUUAUUUCCAUUCGAAUGAAUGAAUUUUUUACAUCUGAAAGAUUUUCUGAUAUGUUUUUAAAAGAGUAAAUGAGUUGUCAUUUCUCACUUUGGGUGUCAAACAAUCUAGCUUGUUGAAACGUACAGGAAUACAUUUUUGUCUUCACUGCAUAUUAUAGAACCUGCCACUCGGAUUCAAAUAAAGUGGUUCUAUAAUGGGCGGGUGAUUCAUUCCACCUACUGACCCCUCCCAUUGCAAGGAAAACAAAAAUUGUUCCCAUAGUUUUCCAACCCACUCUCAUGGCAUUCCUAACCUGUUACAAUUUUACACGAAUCUUCCUUCUACUUCUUCAAUUAAUUUCAAUGUUUUGGACUUCCCUAAAGUAUGGUGUAACCUUUUGAAAUUUCCUUGUGCUAUGAUCCCACAGACCUUGUUGCCACUUCUGCUGAGGUAAUCACUUGAUUUGAUCAUCCAUUUUAGUUGACAGUCCAAUUGGAAACAGUAAAUGCUAUAAAUUAACUGGCUGCCACCUUCUCUCAGCUGUUGGAGACAAAGGAAAAUUUCUGCAAACUCAAUCUAAAACAGCUAUCAAGCAGCACUUGGUCAGCAAAAACCUGCUCAGUUGGGUUCCCAGGGUUCUGAUCUCAUUACAGUUUUGAUUCAAAUGUGGACAGAUUUCGGAAGUGAGGUGCGAGUUGCCCUUGACAUUAAAACAACAUUUGACUGAUUUUGGCAACUAGAAGACCUAGUAAAAUUGAAGUUAAUUGGGAAUCAGGAGGAAAACUUUCCAUUGGUUGGAAUCCUACCUGGCACAAAGGAAGGUGGUUAUGGUUGCUGGAGGUCAAUUAAGUCAGGCCCUUGACAUUACUUCGGGUGUUCCUUAGGAUAGUGUCCUAGGCCCAACCACCUUCCGUUGCUUCAUCAAUGACCUUCCCUCAAUCAUAAAGUCAUAACUGGGGAUGUUCACUGAUGUUUGCACUAUUCAGUGACAUUCACAACUCCUCAGAUACUGAAGCAGUCUAUACCUGCUUGCAGCAAGACCUAGACAACAUUCAGGCUUGAGCUGUUAAGUGGCAUGUAACGUUCAUACCAAACAAGGGCCAGGCAAUGGCCAUCUCCAAUAAGAGAGAAUCUAACCAUUUCCCCUUGACAUUCAAUCGCGUUACUAUCGCUGAUUCCCCCACUAUCAACAUCCUGGGGUUUAUCAGAAAUUUAACUGCACCAGCAACAAAAACUGUGGCUAUAAGAGCAGGCCAGAUACUGGGAACUCUACGGUGAUUAAGUCACCAUCUGUCUCCACAAAAUCUGUCCACCAUCUACAAGGCACAAGUCAGGAGUAUGAUGGAAUACUCUCCAUUUGCUUGGAUGAGUGUAGUUCCAAUCAAGAAGCUUGACACCAUCCAGGAAAAAGCAUGCUAUUGGCAUGACUGGCAUGCUAUCCACCACUUUAAACAUUCACCACUUCCAUCACUGGUGCACAGUGGCAGCAUUAUGUCCUAUCUUGCAUUGCAGCAACUUGCCAAGGCUCCUUCGACAGCACUUUGCAAAUUCAUGACCUCUACCACCUAGGAUAAAGGCAACAGAUGCAGACACCUGCAAUUUUCCUUGCAAGCCACACGCCAUCAUGACUUGGAACUUUUUCGGCUGUUCUUCCCUGUCACUGGGUCAAAAACCUAGAACUCCCUUCCUAACAGCACUGUAGGUGUAUCUUCACCACAUGGACUACAGUGGUUCAGGAAGGCAGCUCACUACCCCUUCUCAAGGGCAAUUAGGGAUAGGCAACAAAUGUUGACCUUGCCAGCGAGGCUCACAUCCCAGGAAUGAAUAAAAAAAAGCAACAGUUAUUUCUUAUGAAGGUCAAAAUUGGAAUAAUUUUGUUGAGCGAAACUGAAACUUUUCUCUUUGUGCUUUACCUCCAAAUGAAAAUAAACUAGUUCAAUGACUCCAA